UUGUCGCUUGAUGGGUGUUUUUGUUUCUUGAUAAACAGUUAUCUUUUAAGAUUCAUAUUUUCGGGUAAAAUCAAUUUUAGUACAAAAUAUAUAAAAGUAUCAAAUACUAUCCUGUUUUCAGAGUUUAACCGUAUGUCUAUGAGGAUAUUUUACAGAGCCUACCAUUAUUUUUACAUUUCUCUCCCCAUGCCACAACAUCCCCAUUCAAAUGUAUCAUUAUGUUGUACUUUUCUAAAAUAUUUCGAACAGUCAGUCGGUACUCAUUACAAUCUAAAGUGUCAAAAAAUUUAAGAGGCAUUUCAUGUCAAAGAUCAUCGAUUUCAUAUUGCUGUUCCAAGAAACUACAUACAAUUUCAAUUGACAAGAAAUCUCUUGACACUAGCUGUUCAUACCCAGGAUCACUGUGUUGUCACACAGUGAACAGACAUUUCAGUACUACUGAUUGCCUGCAAAAAAAGAGAAAAAAGGUUGAACAUACUGACAAUUCAGAUUCAGAGACUGAAGACAAUGAAGAUUUAGAUGAGGAGUCAGAUGAGGAGUUUGAGCUAUAUCAAGAGGAUGACAUUGCAACAACUGAAUUUGUAGAGAAAGAAGUUGUAGUGGCGGCCAUGAGGGUUGAUGCUUUGUUAGCCAAAUCUUUAGGAGAAAGUAGAACGAAAAUGGAUGAAGAGUUUUACAAUAAUAAAUUAAGAGUAAAUGGGACAGUUUUCAAAAAUAAAAGUACAAAGGUAGACACAGGAGAUUUUAUAGACAGAAUAGUGGGACACAAGCUGGGACAUAAAACAGUGCAGCGUGUCCGUGUGUUAAAAAUAAAAGCAAAGAAAACAAAGAAAGGGAAUACCAAAGUUAUUUGUAGAGUUUGGACCAAUCCAUUUACAAUUAAAUGACAAUAGUUUUUACAGUGAAAUCUGGAACUAAUACCUUAUAUAUUGGUCUCAGUUGAAAUAGAGUUUCAAAAACAUUGAAUUUAUAGUUAAAGAAACUUGGCUGUUGCCAUAUAUCUGUCUGUUAUUUUAAUAUGAAAUCUUGGAAAUUUGUCUAUAUUAUCAAUUACGGAUUGAAAAAAUUUAAUACUCUAAGGAGGUCAGUCCUCCCAUUGCUAAAA